CCUUGUUGUCACGGCGCCGUGCGGGGCUGGGGCUCUUCGCGCCGCCGUUGUUGCCGCCGCCGCCGCCGCCUCGGGCGCCCGGCAAGGAGCGGUUCCUUCGGCCUCGCCGCCCGCUCUCCCGGCGUGGGUGCGACGCCAUGGCCACCAGCACCACGGGCUCCACGCUGCUGCAGCCCCUCAGCAACGCCGUGCGCCUGCCCGUCGACCAGGUCAACUUCGUAGUGUGCCAACUGUUUGCCUUGCUUGCGGCUAUUUGGUUUCGAACAUACCUUCAUUCAAGCAAAACUAGCCCAUUUAUAAGACAUGUUGUUGCAACCCUCUUGGGCCUUUAUCUUGCACUUUUUUGUUUUGGAUGGUAUGCCUUACAUUUUGUUAUACAAAGUGGAAUUUCCUACUAUCUCAUGAUCAUUAUAGGAGUGGAAAACAUGCACAAGUAAGUUUUUAUUCUAAAGCAUAAUAAUAGAGAAAUGAAAGAAUGCUACUGUUGUGCUUCCUUGUAGCUGUGCAUUUAUGCUGCUUCUAGUUGUAGUGGAAUGCCCAGAUCUUUCAGUAUUUGAUUUCUGCUGUGAUUUUUUUUUUCCAGGAGGGAAAAUGGUUUAUCGGGUAUUUUUGCCUCCUUUUUGAACAUCUGAAGGUUGUGAUAAUUGGCAGUAUCCCCACUGAGACUGGGGAUAAUAGUGUUCUCAGCAUUCUGAUUUAUUUUUUGUCAUUAUUUAAUAAUGUUAGGUUUCUCAAAAAAAAUAAGAUAGUGAUACAAAUGUAUUUUGAUAACAUCUGUUGCUAGUAGAAGGAAGAUGUCUGUCUGAGGAGAUAUGUCAGUCUGCGAGAUAUAUAUUAAGGUACUGUUUGCCAUGCUCUUUAUUUUGUGAAAAAGCACAGAGCAACUGUUGUCUUAGACAAAAAUACCAUCAUAAAAUUAAAUAUGUAGGGCAUUAUUUGAGGUUUGCUUGAGCACACGAUUAGAUUAGCAGCAUCUGAAGCCAUGCAGAACAUUGCUUGUUUUUCUUUUUUAAAUC